UAGAUAAUUUGUAUUCAUCUGGCAAGUAUUUGAGUUAAAUUUACAAAUAAAAUAAUGAUAAACACUAAUAAAAUACAUUCAAAAUAUUAAAUUUUAAAACUAACACAGUUUUGUAAAAUAAAAACUCUAAAAAUGCCAAAAAGAAUUGAGACCUUCCUAUGCAAAGCCUCACCGGCUUCCACCACCUCCUCCUCCUCCUCCUCUUCCUCCCCCUCCAAUGUGUUUCAAGUGACCAAAUCCAGGAGGCCAAGGCUCACCAAGAAAGCUUCCGACUCGGAGGAGGAGAAGAAGAAUUUGGACAACGGAAAACGCAAGAGAAGCUCUUCUUUCAGAGGCGUCACCAGGCAUACAAGGACUGGGAGGUUUGAAGCUCGCCUAUGGGACAAGAACCCCCUUCAGAACAAGAAAGGUAAGACACGGUUACUAGGGGCUUUUGGUGAUGAAGAAGCUGCUGCUAGGACGUAUGAUCUUGCUGCACUCAAAUAUCGGGGUCCUGAAACAGCUCUGAAUUUUCCUUUUGAUACGUACAGAAAGGACUACGAAGAGAUGCAAAGGAUGUCGAAGGAGGAUUACGUGGCUUCUCUCAGGCGCAGGAGCAAUGGGUUCUCAAGAGGCGUUUCAAAGUACCGCGGGGUGUUCAGGCACCAGCACAAAGGGAGGUGGGAGGCGAGAAUUGGAGUUUUUGGCAACAAGAAUCGCUAUCUGGGAACCUUCAGCUCACAGGAGGAUGCAGCCCGAGCUUACGACCGCGCGGCGAUCCAGUUCAGAGGCCCCAACGCAGUCACCAACUUCGACAUCAGCAACUACAUGAACUGCCAGAAGGUACCUGCCACAGCCACGAACACUCCGGAAGCUCCUCCUCCGGAGGUGAACCAAGAUUACUACGACUCUGAGGAAGCAAACGCCGCUGCAAUUUUGAUGAGUCUGCGAACUGCGAUGGCGGUCGAAAAAAUUGGGUGA